CAGUACUGUGUGUCAUAUGUUUUGAUGGGAAAGGCGUUUGAUUGCUAUAGUGAUCGUUAUUUAUUACACGAAUGUAUUGUUGAUUUCAAUAGAAAUGCUUUGCAAUUGAAUUGGUUUACAAAACACAGCAUUUGAUUCACACUUUGGUUUGGCUUUCGGUGUAAUUAAGUUGACAUCAAUUAUAAGCUAUUCAUUCAAAUGCUAUUCAAUUGACACCUGUUUUGAGUGACAUUUGUUCAGCGAUUGUAAUCAAGUUUCAAACAUUUGGACCAGUUGUGAACAAUCAAUACAGACAUGGAUUUGGAUGUAAUGGUGAAUCAGCCGGUCGUCAUCGACAAUGGAUCAGGUGUGAUCAAAGCUGGUUUCGCUGGCGACCAGAUCCCGAAAUGCAUUUUCUCUAAUCUGGUCGGACGUCCCAAACACGUGCGGGUGAUGGCCGGCGCUCUCGAGGGCGACACUUUCAUCGGGCGUCGUGCGGACGAGCACAGGGGUCUCCUGACGCUCAGGUAUCCCAUGGAGAAGGGAAUUGUGACCGAUUGGAACGAAAUGGAGAAGAUAUGGCAGUAUAUCUACUCUAAGGAACAGUUGCAGACAUUCCCCGAAGAACACCCCGUCCUUCUCACAGAAGCGCCGAUAAAUCCGCGAAGAAAUCGUGAGAAAUCGGCCGAAAUAUUCUUCGAGACGUUUAACGUACCGGCGCUCUUCAUCUCAAUGCAAGCUGUGCUCAGUCUCUACGCCACAGGCCGUACGACUGGUGUGGUGUUGGACUCGGGCGAUGGUGUCACACAUGCCGUUCCCAUCUACGAAGGCUUCGCACUUCCGCUGUCAAUAGUGCGCUCAGACAUUGCGGGCCGGGAUGUGACCCGAUAUCUGAAGCUAUUAUUGCGAAAAGAGGGCCUAAUAUUCAACACAACGGCUGAGUUCGAAGUCGUGAAGAAUAUAAAGGAGAAAAUCUGUUACUUGACGUCAAACCCUCAGCGGGCACUCGACGAACACUCGGCCGGAAGUGGCGCCGACAUCGAGAAGACAUCGUAUAUAUUACCGGAUGGCAGUAAUGUGGACAUAAGCGCCGGUCCGCGCAUGAGAGCGCCUGAGAUUCUGUUCCGACCCGAUCUGAUUGGCUAUGAGUUCGAAGGCGUUCACGAAGUGCUCGUCUAUAGUAUUCAGAAAUCAGAUUUAGAUCUCAGAAAAGUUUUUUACCAAAACAUUGUCUUAAGCGGUGGAAGUACUCUAUUCAAGGGAUUCGGCGAUCGGCUGCUGAACGAAGUGCGCAAAAUGGCGCCCAAAGACCUUAAGAUACGAAUCAGUGCCCCUCAGGAGCGCCUGUACUCCACAUGGAUUGGCGGCUCAAUCCUCGCCAGUUUAGACACAUUCAAACGGAUGUGGGUUUCGCGCAAAGAGUUCGAUGAAGAGGGACAGAGGGCUGUCCACAGGAAGACGUUUUGAUUAAUUUAGAUAUUAUUUUAAAUCAUAUUUAUAUACAAAUUAAUAAUAAUAAUAAAUUUGUUACUACAAUCGAUUCAUUAUUUAAUUGAAUUCAUUUUUUAAACCACGUUUUUAUAUGAUAUGUUGUCUAC